GUUCUGGAAAAAAAUUAUUAUUUUGAAAAAGUGUGUUUUUUGAGGCGUUAGUGCGAAGAGAGUUUAGGGAAAGGAAAGUGAACUUAAAAUGAAGAGAAGAAAGAGUCGUGAUGAGGUGAACAGUCAACGUGUCUCCAAGUAUCAGAAGAAAAUUUUUGCUUUGGAGGAAUAUGCGGAGCGUACGGAGGAACAAACGUCGGAAACUGGAAGAGGGACAAGUUUGGCUGACGAGAAUGUCGAGGUCAUAAAAAGUGAGAGUAAUGUACAAUACAAUGUACUUGGAGAACUUGAUCGACAUCAGCAGCAACAACAGCAGCAGCAAAUUGGCUAUUCAAGUGCAGAAGAAGGUGGAGACGGCGUGGGCGUGUUGGAGGCGGGUCAACCGGAAAUAGAAAAUGGCGGUUUAGUUGAGGGAACUGUUGUUGAAUCGGGGGCAGCACCAGUUGUGGCAUCAGUUACCGAUCUCGACGACAACACAAAUCUCACGUCGUAUACUCUCAUUAGACAACUCGGCUAUCAUUCAACUCAACAAAUCAUUCAUGAGCGGACGUUCUUAACACAAAGUGAGAGUUCAUAUCAAGGGGAUAAUUUAAGGGAGGAGGAGCAGCAACAGCAGCAGCAACAGGUCUCUCAACACAAUCAUCCCCCCCACCAACAACAAUCCUCGCAUCAACACGAAGAGCACAUCGGACAGCAGUACGUGCAACUUGGGGCGGGAGAAAUUCCGGUUCCUGCGGGAGGGGAUAGCCGGCACCCGACGGAGGUCUCCGUCCCGUCGGAAGGGAAUCGCCUUGCCAGUCACAUGCCACAUUCAACGAUGCAUCGAUACGGGAUUGAGACGCUCUCACCGGCAACCGAGCAUCAUCAUCAUCAUCAUCAACAACAACAACAUCAACAUCAUCAUCUCAAUGAAAAUAAUCACGAUCUUAAUAAUCAUUCACGACAAAUUGACGAUCAUCAUAAUCAAGAUGAUGAUGACGAGAGAGUGAAUAUUGUUGCUGCAAUGCGUGCACCAAUCAGAGGGGAAUAUUCCCUUGGAAAUCUUUUUCCAAAUUUAACAUCAACUGGAGCGAGUGCUGGUAGUGGAAGUAAUGGAGCUGACGAGCAUCAUCAUCAUCAUCAUUCGCAACAUCUUGAGGACGUUCUUCACGAUGAUCCCUAUUUGCAACAUCAAAUUCGUGGUGCAAAUGUCACUGGGAAUAGUGGCGGUGUUUCGCCACAAGUUGUUCGCGCUGGCAGUUCACCAGGUUCGAGUCGAAGUCCACAUGACGAUCAGGGAUUGUCGCCACAUCGUCACGUGCAGGAUGACGGAUACAGUCCCAAUGAUCAAGGUCGUAUUCAAUCACUCACGCAUUUGACGACAAUGCAACCACCACUUUCUUCAGUGCAAACCAGUCAAGGUCUUCAAGAUUCGGGACGAGUGACUACCGAGCAUAUUUAUAUUGAUUCUUUGUAUGGAGCACAUCCGACGGGAGCAUCACAUCAUCAUCAUCAGGAGCAUGAUCAAGGACCGUCCACGCCGCAUUCGCCGGGACUCGCAAGUUCCACAGUAUAUCGUUCGUUGGGAAGUGUUGGAACCAUUGGAAAUUCGAGUGGAACCAAUAACUAUAAUCUUCCUUAUAUAACAAAUAGUCCAACGGAUCAUACAGUAGCUUCUACACCACUAUGGAGUGCUUUAGCACUUAACACUUCACUUCCGGAGAUAUCGCCGGACUAUGGCAGCAAACCAGCGUCAACAGCGAGUCGUCAGACUUUACCUGCAUUCGCUCAACCCUUCGGAAGUCGGUCGACUUUUCGAAAUUACAGUCCCCCAUACCAUAUACCUACGUCACAUCAAACGAGCACUGGGGAUGUUGCAUCGUGGAGUUAUGGGACGUCUGGCGAUGCCCUUGUCUCGCAAUACAGCACCGUUGGCACGCCAUCGCGACGACAAACAUCCAAUGCAACGACAACCUCCGUUCAGCAUUCCCACAGCGCCGCUGCCAGUCUCUCAGCCCUGCACAACAAUGAGGUGGAAUUCUUUACGGAGGGUCGUGAGUGUGUUAAUUGUGGGGCGAUUUCCACCCCUUUGUGGCGAAGGGACGGGACCGGACAUUAUCUCUGCAACGCAUGCGGACUCUAUCACAAGAUGAAUGGAAUGAAUCGACCAUUGGUCAAACAAACUCGGCGCCUGUCCGCCACGAGACGAACGGGACUUCAAUGCAGCAAUUGCCAUACGGGUGCAACUUCACUAUGGCGUCGCAAUCAAAUGGGAGAGUCCGUUUGCAAUGCUUGCGGAUUGUAUUUUAAACUCCAUGGAGUCAAUAGGCCACUGGCAAUGAAGAAGGAGACAAUUCAAACUCGCAAGCGAAAGCAAAAGGGCACAAUAAAAGCAUCCAACACUCAGAUCUCAGCGAAUGCGGCUCCUUGCAUCAAUAACAAUAAUAAUACCAACAACAAUAAUAACAAUAACUUCAAAUUUGAUCCAGAUAAUUUCAAUGAUUUGAGAAUGGCUCACACAAGUGUCUCCCAGGGAAAUUAUGCAAACUCGUUGUACAGUUCAAGUUCUCAGGCAGGAAGUAGACUUUCCACGAAUGCAUAUCAAACGCCAAUGUUGGGAUCAUUUUACGAUAUGACUGUCACUCAACAGCAUCAACAACAGCAACAACAACAGCAGCAGCAACCACAGCAGCAUCAAUUAAUUGACAGUCAUUCAUUGAAAGUUGAAUGUCCCUCGCCACCUUGUUCGGCACGUUCGCCAAUUUUAGUUUCUGCCGGACAAUCGCCCGAGCAUCAACUUUCAUCGCCCCAUAUUGUCACAUUGGAAAAUUGCUCCUCAGCACCACCGAGGAAACGACAAAAAUUGGACAACAAUCAGUUAGAAAGGUCAACUGUUUUAAUUAAUGGUAUUGGUCACUCUGGCUAAAAAACAAUUUUUUAAAAAAAGAAAAAAUUCACGUAAAAAAAAUUGAAUCUCAUACUUUAGUAUACCAGAAAUUUUGUUGUUAAGUUUCAUAAUUAUUACUGUUUAAUAUGUUAAACAAAAAAAUUUUUUAAACCCUUUUUUCAAAUUUUGAAUAUUUUAUUUCUUUUUUUUAAAAAAAGUAGUUUUAUUUUUAUUAUCUGAAGGACAUAAUGUGUUUAAGCAGUGUCACGAAAGCAAUGGUUUGUUUUGAAAAGAAAAAAAUUGUUUGAAAUAGUUUUAUAUGAUGAAUUUUGCGAUUUUUAAUUAUGAUUUCUGACUUUUUAUUGCGGCAAAAAUUAUUAUUUAAUUUAUAAAUAUUAUUUUAAAUCGAAUAUAUAAAAUAUUUUAAACAAUUUAUUUUAUUUUUAAGUUUAGUUAUAAAUGUGUUUUUUUAAAAUAUUAUUGCUCUCUUGACGCCACUGACUGAUACUUGUCUUUUUGAAGUCAAACAAGUUUUUUUUUUUUUUUAAUAAAAAAAAAGUAGUUAAUGUAUUGAAUGAAAAUACAUAUAAAAUUAAAUAUUAAAAGAAAAAUGCAGGAUGUAUUUUAAAAAAAAAGUAUAUAUUUUUUUUGUGCGGAAAAUUAUCUCAAGAGUGCCUUGUUUUUCUAUGAAUUAAAAUAAAAUUCGCGAGUGCGAAUAUAAAUUGUGUGCGAGUAUGUAAAUAAUUGUGUGUCUAUGAUACUGUACAUACUUAUUAUUGAAUAUUUCCUGAAAGAAAUUAAUUUCUUUUCUGUAUAUAGGAAAAUUGUAUUAGCCCAAAUUUCAGAGACUAACGAUUUUCUCCUUUUGUUUGUAUUAUUUUUUUUUUUUUAUUAAGAUUUUAUUUUCCUUCUUUAGUAAGAAUUUCGAAUAUUCUAAUUUGAAAAAAAUACUUAUUGAGAUUUUUUUCUCGGAAUUCUAUUUUUUCUGAGACAAAAAUUUUACAUCCCUAGAGAUUUUGCAUAUUGUACUUUUUGUUUCUAAAUUUUUUAAGUUUCCAAACUCAUUGAAGUUUUGAUAUAAAAAUUUUUUUUUCUUUUUGUUUUGGAAGACUGAUCAUGACAUGAUCGAAUUCAGUGGAAAAGAAGUUCGACAAUAUAGUUUUCUUUUUUUUUUUUUUGUUUCUGUAAAUAGUAAAAAAAAGUGCCUAAGUAGUAUAAAAUUUUUACUUUACUUUAGUAUGGAACUAAUUGUUUUUCUCUCUGUCUCUCUCUUCUUUUCUACCAAAGACUCUUUAAGAUUCUUAAUAAACUUUUAUUGUGCAAGCUUUUAAAAACGAUGCCAAAUUGAAUUCGUCAAUGUCUCUGUAAAUACGUUAUUUUUUAGUUUUUAAUAAUAAAGUUAGGAUGAAAAAAAAUUAUAUAUAUAUAUAUAUAGACUUAACGUUCUAGAAUAUGUUUAAAAAAAAUGUUUACAAAUAAAAGGCAACGAAUACAUUCUCUUGAGAAUUUAUAUACAUUCAGUUUUUCGUCGAAUAAGAAUGGAAAAAAAACCAAAAACAUUUAAACGAAAUGAAAAAAUAUUUUUUAGACAAUAGUUUUUAAAAGAUGUUAUACAGCUGAAGCGAAAAAUCAGAAAAAAAGAAUGUAUUUACGUGUAAUAUAUAUUUUCACAAUAUAUUUUUAACGAGUCAGCCAUGAAUAUUUGCUAAUAAAGCGGGAUAUUUAAAAAAAA